AGUUAUAUAAAAUCAUUCGUUCGGUGAUAAUGUUGUUUUGUGUUGUAUCGUAAGAAAAAAAACCGUGAAUUUUCGGUCAGAAUAUAAUUUUUACCAAGAAGAAGAGGAAUAAGAAAAAAAAAACUUUUCAAUAAUCACAAGCGACUUUAUAAAAAGCAAACAAAUUUCUAUUAAAUGUGCAACGUAAUCGCAAAUCGAACGAAAUCCAGAUUCAUUCAAUCAAAACCGUAAAAUCCGUUAAAUUAGAAGAAAUGAUAUGGCCUUUUUAACGUGAAGAAGAGUUAAUUUUUGUGUGAUGCAGUGAAUCCGUUUUUUAUUUUAUAUGGAAAAAUAUUGUAUUUUGGUGCUGACAUAAGAAACAAAACGAGUUGAACGAAAGAGGAAGAAAACGGAUUUUCUAUUUUGAUGUAAUUGUUUAAUUUGUCAAUUAUUAAAUUCCUUUGAGUGGCAGUCAAUGCAGAAAAUAUUAUACGCGCAAUAAAUCACAUUUGAGAAUGGCAAUAAAGUAUUAAAUCUGCGAUGAAGUUAGAAUGGUGAAAGAAAUUCGAUCAAAAGAUAGAAUUUUUCGUGUGUCUGAAGUUAACAGAAAAUUUGUUGGUGAAUAAAUCAGAGUCUAAAUUGAUGGUCAAAAUUAACGAAUGGUCUGGUUUAAAGGUGUUGAUGAAAUAAUGUGCGGUACAAACUUAAGUGUAAACAAAAAUAAGAAGAAAAUUUGAGAGAGAAAAGAGUCAUUGGUUCAAAAAAAAAUUGCUUGUGCACAUUGGAUAAACCCCCCACAACAUAUUGUUUUCUUUCGGAUACAUAUUUAACUUGCGGAAAUGGAUAAAUUCACUGUGAUUUGCUUGGUGGUCGUUUUGGAUUUAUUGGUGUUCGCUGAAGCUCAACAACGUCCAAAAAUCUUAGAACAUCCGGCAGAUGCAGUAGCUGCACGCGAAGAACCGUUAACGUUAAACUGUAAAGCAGCUGGUCGACCACCUCCAGAAAUACUAUGGUAUCACAACGGAACGCCAUUGGUCCCGUCGGAACGAAGAGUGGUACUACCUGAAGGAUCCUUAUUUUUUCUUAGGGUAAUGCAAAAUAAACGAGAACAAGACAGCGGCGUAUAUUGGUGCGAGGCUAAAAGUACAGCAGGAACAGCAGCCAGUAGAAAUGCAACCUUACAAAUAGCAAUGCUGAAAGAUGACUUUCGACUGGUGCCACGGGAUUCGGUGGCUCUUGUCGGUGGACAUGUUGUUUUGAAUUGUACACCGCCGAGAGGAAUACCAGAACCGUCGGUAUUGUGGUAUUUUAAUGGAAAACUAUUGGAUCUUAGCGGUAAAAGGUUAUCAAUGGUCGAUCAGGGGAGUCUCAUGAUAUCCGAAGUACAAUCCACCGAUGCUGGCAAAUAUGAAUGUUCAGCACAAAGUAUGGCUGGUAGCAAAACAGCACCGCCAGCUAUUUUAAAAGUAUUGGCACCACCUACGAUUGUACGGGGACCACAAGAUUCUGAAGUGAUAGAGGGUGAGGGAUUGGAUAUGCCAUGUGAGUUAACAGGCGACCCGAAACCCAUCGUGGCUUGGGUACGAGAUAAUGGUAAAUUACCAGAAGGACGGUCAAGAGUGUUAUUAGAUAACACACUUCGCAUCGAGGACGCCCGUGCCGAAGACCAGGGACGAUAUAUUUGCAAAGGACACAACGAGGGUGGAAAUGUGUCGGUUGCUGUAAAACUUUAUGUUUAUGCCACACCAUCGUUUUCGGAAGCACCGGUCGACGUUGAAUUGAAAGAAGGCGGAACUAUAAAAUUACCUUGUCGAGCACAAGGACGACCGAAACCGAGAGUGAUCUGGGAUCGGGUGGGUCUCGGUCUGUCGCAACAAAUUAGUGAAGAAAUUUCACAAUUUUUGGAGGAAGAAUCUCAAGAGGAACUGUUGGCCAAGGCUAAAAUCAUGAGUCUACGAUCGAAACGUGAACGAAACGAAUCGGAGCUGCUUGAUACGAAAACAGACACUCCGAACAAUGAUUCGUCCCACGAUCGAACCAAAAGACAAAUUGUGAUUCAAAGUAGCUAUCCAACGGUCAAGCAAAUUCCCGAACUGUAUAUCGAAGACGAAGUGAACCGCAGUAAUCAGGAGCAGAUCAGUAAUUUUGUUGUGUCAGAAUUUAAGCAAAUAAUGAGGGAUGUGAAUCAGGAGACAUUCGACACAAAUUUCCGACGGAAAAGAAGCAUAGACGACAAUACUGAUGAUAAUACAUCGAGCGAUUCGACGCCAAUAUUAUUUUUUUCGACUGCCACACCAACUGAAUCGCCUAGUCUAGAAGUCAACGAAAAUGGGGAACUAGUGUUACGGGAUGUCAAGAAAAAGGACCAGGGAUGGUAUGCUUGUGCCGCACUCAACGAAGCCGGCAGCACAGUGAAACGAAUAUUCGUACGCGUACGAAGCGGUACCGAUGGACCGAACAUACCCCAACCACCGCUUACACGUUGGGGAUCCGACCAAAACAUCAUUAUCAAUUCAGUAGUACCAUCGUCUGCACAAUCGCUCGAUAUCUCAUGGGAAACAACAGAUGGCAUACCAUCGACAUCUCUGACGUUGCACUACCGGCCGAGUUCAUCAAAAGAUUUCCAAACCGCAACGGCAAUGAUUGACAGUAAGGAAUAUCGCAUCACCGACCUCAUUGCUCAUACGGAAUAUGAAGUGUUUGCAUCCGUUCCCAGUGGACUGGGUGGUUCGGUUUCUAAUAUACGAAAAGCAAGAACUAUGGAUGGCAUACCAUCGUCUCCUCCCACCGACGUUCGAGUGGGUGUUAUAAAUAAUACGGCAGCAUAUGUUCGAUGGUCACCACCGCCAUCAAAUAGUUUGAAUGGAGAACUAACUGGAUACAAGAUUCAAAUUAAAUCAAAUGUUACCAAUAAACUAUUGGGACAAUUGUCGUUGAAUGCAUCGGUGGAAUCUGUCGUGAUAAAUAGUUUGAGUCCUGGUGGCCGUUACAUAGCCAGAGUUGCGCCAUUAACGUCCGGCGGCUUGGGACCGUACAGUGCACCAGCACCAUUACACAUGGAUCCAUCAUUUAUUUCCCGACCGCCAAAAACCGAUCCAGCGUCAAGCGGAUGGACAUCAUCACGGAUGACUGGAUUAGCUCUUGGUAUUCUAGGUCUAUGUCUGGUCAGCGCGGCAAUAUUCACUGUCUUCUGGGCGCGCAGGAACAAAAGAAUUAUGAAGGCAUCCUAUCCAGGACCUUCACUAACGACAUCGCUACCGGACAAGCAACAUUCUCUCUGGCUGCACGGUAAUACAUUACUCAAACCAAUGCACACGAUAUCACCACCUCAAAUACCCUCCGAAUACGCCGAAGUAACGCAAACCAUUCUACCGAAGAACAAUCAUCAGGCAGCGCCACCAGAACCAUAUGCAACAGUUACGUUGCAACGCGGCGCUCAAUCGGAUGAUUCGUGCGUCAAAUGCUCAGCAAGUCCUAGCUCUAGUGAAUACAAUGCACCCGUACGAGAACCACUAAACAUUUGUGAUGUCCUUCCUCCUCCACCGAAUCAUCCGUACGGUUCGUACAAACCACCAAACAAUAUGACAAUAAGAACGAAUCCGGCAGCAAUGUCACCGCAAGUAUCCCGUCGGAUACCACCGACGCCGCCGCGAUGGGGCAGCCAAGCUCCACCGAUACCAACAUUCCCGCAGAAUUGGUCAUCCGAUCGUCAACAGAUGCCAGCCGAUGUGGAUAACCAUCAGGAUUUGUAUUCGGAAAAUGACUAUGAAAGCGGUUCAGUGUUGUACGAACAAUGCUGUCGACCGAACGAUAAGAAUUUUUUCAUACGUGGCGGCGAACCGACUGAAGAGUACUACCGGAACAUCAAUAUGGAAUUCUUGGAGGAACAGGAAUUCGAACCGUCAACGCCACCGCCUCCUUGCCCCGAUUCGUACAAUAAUCGAAUAAACUCAAAUUUAAGACUGUUAGCUAAUGGUCAAGAUAGUCCAUUAAAUAAUCGACGACCGAAUAGAAGUCAAGGCAGCACACAAAGUGCCCAAAGUUCAGAUAGUGAAAGUGAUAAUCGAUGGGCACCGCGGUCCCGUCGCAGUAGAUCACGAUCGAAAAGUGGUGAUAGAAAGUACCUCCGUAAUGGCGGUCAUAAUUAAUAAGACUUGUUAAAUAAUAAAUUAAUUAAUUAAUUAUAUUGAUAGAGAUAUGGAAGAACGCAGCAGAGGAGGAUAAUACGUAUAGACAUUAUAGAAUUUUGGGAGGAGGGGAGAAAAAAGUUUUACUUUUUUGACAAUUUUUUUUUUAUUUUACAAAAAUAAUCUACCCACAAAAACCAAAACAAGAUUUUCUUUGCGCUAUAAACUUUGUACUAUAAAAACGAAACAAAAAAAAAUAUUUUA